AUGGUUGAGAACAUGAAGAUCGUUGCUUCCGAGGGCCGCGACCUGUCUGUUGAGGAGCGGAACCUCCUGUCGGUCGCUUACAAGAACGUCAUCGGCGCCCGCCGUGCUUCGUGGCGUAUCGUUACUUCGAUCGAGCAGAAGGAGGAGUCUAAGGGCAACACCACGCAGGUUGCCCUCAUCAAGGAGUACCGCCAGAGGAUCGAGGCCGAGCUGGAGAAGAUCUGCGAGGAUAUCCUCGGCGUUCUCGACAAGUACCUUAUCCCUGCUGCCAAGACUGGAGAGUCUAAAGUCUUCUACCACAAGAUGAAGGGUGAUUACCACCGCUAUCUUGCCGAGUUCGCCGUUGGAGACAGGCGCAAGGAGUCGGCUGAUAAAUCGCUCGAGGCAUACAAGGCCGCUACCGAGGUCGCCCAAACCGACCUGCCGCCGACUCACCCUAUCCGUCUGGGUCUUGCCCUUAACUUCUCUGUCUUCUACUACGAGAUCCUCAACGCCCCUGAUCAGGCUUGCCAUUUGGCUAAGCAGGCCUUUGAUGACGCGAUUGCGGAGCUGGAUACAUUGAGCGAGGAGAGCUACAAGGACAGCACUCUGAUCAUGCAGCUCCUCCGCGACAACCUGACUCUUUGGACCUCGUCCGAAGCCGAGCCUCCUGCGGCUCCGGAGCCCGCUGCUCCGGAAGAGCCGAAGCAGGAGGCUGCGGCGGAGGAACAGAAGGCCGAGUAA